GUGAAAAAAUGAAACAGUUUCUGAUCCUGUGUGUGUGUGUGGCACUCUCACAGUGCAUUCGGGUGCCACUGAUCAAGGGCAAAACUGCACGUCAGAGACUGCAGGAGAAAGGUCUAUGGGAGGAAUACAGAAAGGAAAAUCCUUAUGUCCCCUGGAUUAAGUUUGUUCAGACUGGUCAGGAGUCCAUGACCAACGAUGCUGAUCUUUGCUACUAUGGUGUGAUCAGCAUUGGAACGCCUCCUCAGUCCUUCAAUAUUCUUAUGGACACUGGCUCGUCUAAUCUGUGGGUGCCAUCUGUCUAUUGUUCAAGCCAAUCCUGUCAGGGCCACAAUAUGUUCAACCCACAGCAGUCCAGCACUUUCCAGAGCACCAAUGAGUCUAUUUCUGUUCAAUAUGGCACAGGCAGCAUGACCGGUUACAUGGGAUAUGACACUGUGACGGUUGGUGGAAUAGCAGUGCAAAAUCAGAUCUUUGGAUUGAGUGAGACUGAAGCACCCUUCAUGGGGACCAUGACAUGGGAUGGAAUUAUGGGUCUGGCCUACCAAGCCAUUUCCUCUGAUAGUGCCACUCCUGUCUUUGACAACAUGAUGAGUCAGAACUUGGUUGCCGAAGACGUCUUCUCAGUCUACCUAAGCAGCAACGAGCAACAGGGCAGCAUGUUGUUACUGGGAGAGAUUGACCCCUCCUACUACACUGGCAGCAUCUACUGGAUCCCUCUUUCCUCUGAGAGCUACUACCAGGUCACUAUGGACAGCAUUACCAUUAAUGGACAGGUUGUUGCUUGUAAUGGUGGUUGUCAAGCUAUUGUCGAUACCGGAACUUCCUUUAUCAUUGGACCAAGCAGUGAUGUUAGCAACCUGAAUGCCUAUCUUGGUGCCCAGACAGACCAAUAUGGAGAUUCAGUUGUGAGCUGCAACAGUAUCCAGAGCAUGCCUUCAGUUACCUUCACCUUGAAUGGCUAUGCCUUCUCCCUCCCUCCAUCCUCCUUUGUCAGUCAGGGCAACAGUGGCUGCAUGACAGGUUUCUCAGGUGGCGACUUUGGAAGCAGCUUCUCCUGGAUUUUGGGUGAUGUUUUCAUCAGAAAUUGGUACACCAUCUUUAACAGGGCAAAUAACACUGUUGGCCUGGCUUCACUGUCUUAAAAACUAACGACACUGUGGAUUCAAUAACAAACCUGUAUGUGUGUCUUAUGUGAAAACAUGCAAAAGCCUAACUAAAGUGAUA